AUGCAAGUCAAGGUGAAAACGUUAACAGGCAGAGACAUUCCUGUCGACAUCGAGGCGGGCGACAAGGUCGUGCGUAUCAAGGAGAUGAUGGAGGAAAAAGAAGGAAUCCCUCCCGCCCAGCAACGGUUGAUUUUCAACGGGUCUCAGUUGAACGACGACGCUACCGUUUCCGAGCUGGGAAUCCAGCCCGGCGCUUCUUUGCAUUUGGUUUUGACCUUGCGGGGCGGUGUAUAA